UUGUCUCCAAAUUUCAAAAUCUCACCUUUUAUAUCAACAAUAAAAUCCAAUCCCCUACCCCCAUUUAAAUCCCCAAAAGAUUCAAUUCCAUUCUGACCCACUUCCCAACUUUCUCUUAAUUAACAUCAGCUAAAAACCUUUUUCAAGAAAAUCAAAUCUUUGAUUCUGGGUGUGUGUUAAUUUCAAAUAUGAAUGCAGUAGGUAGGCAUGGGCAAAGAUCUGGUGCAUCUGCCGCUCACCAUAACAGACAACUCUCCACUGAUAAUAGUUUCUUGGAAGUAACUUCUUCUUCAUCCUCUAAUGGCAGAUGGUUACAAUCUGCUGGUCUUCAACACCUUCAACAACCACCAUCUUCAAAUACUACUUCUCAGGACUUUGGUUAUCAUGGUGGUGGUCAAGGUUCAAGAAUGUAUAAUAAUAAUAAUGGUAGAAAUGUUGGUGCACAAAGAAGUUUAAGUGGUGGGAGUGAUUUGUUUGGUGAGCCAUUGACGCCACCUGGGCGUUCGAAGAAGCAUGGUGGGAGUGGCGGUGGUGAUGAUCCUAAUGGGUUCAGUCCUGGCUUGUUGGAUCUACAUUCGUUUGAUACCGAGCUUAUCUCUGAGAUACCUGUAACUGGAACAUAUGGUGCUCCCCAGUACAACACUGAUCGUGGCAGAAGCUUUGAUGAUGCAGAGCCAUAUUUUGGGAAUAACAAACAAGCCAGCAAAGCUCGAGGUGUAGCAGAUAAUAACCUUUCAAAAAGUUUUGUUCCAGAAAAAGAGAAGACCAGCAGUGUUGCAAAGAUUAAAGUUGUGGUGCGAAAGAGACCUUUAAACAAAAAGGAGUUAGCAAAGAAUGAGGAAGAUAUUAUUACUACGGAGCCUCAUUCCAGUUGUCUUACAGUUCAUGAGACGAAACUCAAGGUUGAUCUGACAGAAUACAUGGAAAAGCAUGAGUUUGUUUUUGAUGCAGUACUAAAUGAGGAGGUUUCUAAUGAUGAGGUUUAUCGCGAAACUGUCGAGCCCAUUGUUCCUAUAAUUUUCCAACGUACUAAAGCUACAUGCUUUGCAUAUGGACAAACAGGAAGUGGAAAGACUUUUACUAUGAAGCCUUUACCUCUUAAAGCAUCUCGGGAUAUCCUGAGGUUGGUGAACCAUACAUAUCGCAGCCAAGGUUUUCAGCUGUUUUUCAGCUUUUUUGAGAUAUAUGGCGGGAAACUUUAUGAUCUCCUCAACGAUAGAAAAAAAUUGUGCAUGAGAGAAGAUGGUAGUAAGCAAGUGUGUAUUGUCGGUCUGCAAGAAUAUAAAGUCUCGGAUGUCGAAACAAUCAAGGAGCUAAUCGAGAGAGGAAAUGCAACAAGAAGUACUGGCACUACUGGUGCCAAUGAGGAAUCUUCUAGAUCACAUGCCAUACUUCAACUUGUUGUUAAGAGAUCUGUUGAUGGAAGUGAAUCUAAACCUCCUCGGGUUGUUGGCAAACUUUCCUUCAUAGAUCUUGCUGGAAGUGAACGUGGUGCAGAUACGACAGACAAUGAUAAGCAGACUAGAAUGGAAGGUGCUGAAAUUAAUAAAAGCUUGCUUGCCUUGAAGGAAUGCAUAAGAGCACUUGAUAAUGAUCAGGGUCAUAUUCCUUUUCGAGGGAGUAAGUUAACUGAGGUUUUGAGAGAUUCGUUUGUUGGAAACUCUCGAACAGUUAUGAUAUCUUGCAUUUCACCAAAUGCUGGAUCAUGUGAACAUACACUUAAUACCUUACGAUACGCUGACAGGGUGAAAAGCCUUUCAAAAGGGAACAAGAAAGACACAACUUUUAGUUCCAAAGAACCUACAGCAGUAUCAAUGUCUUCUGUCUUACCCCGAGUUCCAUCCUAUGAUGAUGGUAUGAUUGAUUCAUACCCCGAACAAGCUGAUGAAGACGAUUAUGAUACUACAGAAGAGUUUUACGAGCCCGAGCAGCCAUCAUGGAAAUACAACACAAAAGUUGAUGCAUAUAACUUCUCAAAUGCUCAAGAUAAAAACCGAAGAAUCAAUAGCCAAACAAAGUCAAAGGAGCCACCCAAACCUGAAUCAAGAAAUUGGAGCCCUGAUGACGAGCUGAAUGCCCUUUUAAAGGAGGAGGAAGAUCUUGUAAAUGCACACCGGAAACAAGUGGAGGAUACCAUGGAUAUCGUUAGAGUGGAGAUGAACUUAUUGGUGGAGGCAGAUGAACCAGGAAACCAGCUAGACGACUAUGUGGUAAAACUGAACACAAUCUUGGCGCAGAAGGCUGCAGCCAUUUUACAGCUACAGAACCGUUUGGCUCAUUUUCAGAAGCGUCUUAGAGAGCAUGAUGUUUUAUUGUGGUCUGGUCACUAAACGGUAUAGGAUCUUGCAGAUGGAUUAUCGUGUCUGUUUCCAGUUAUUUGUGAUUUAACCAGGGGAAUGUAAAAGCUUAUUGAUCAAAGUAUGGUAUUUGGUCACAAGUUAUUCACCAAAGUUGUAUCUGUUCAAAUCUUGCCAUUCAUUAUUGUUUGUUGUCUUGUAAAGCUAUAUUGCUUUGUAAACUCAUGAUAAAGAUCAUUCGUUAUGGAUAUGUCCUCAUCAUUUUUUGUUUAA